GCGCUGCGGCAGGACCCCGGGCUGCCCCAGUUCGUCUGCAAGAAAUGCCAUGCCCAGUUCUACAAAUGCCGCAGCGUCCUCCGCACCUUCAUCCAGCGGGUGAACGCCUCGCCCACCGGCCACGCCAAGGCCAAAGGAAAGAGCGGCGCGGUGCAGCCCCAGCCGGGCGCCGAAGGAGCUGCUGCCUGCCUGGUCGACCUGAUCACCUCCAGCCCCCAGUGCCUGCACAGCCUGGUGACCUGGGCACACGCCCACGCCGGGGGCUGCCCCUCAGCACCCAGCCUGCAGAGCGUCCUCUCCUCCGAGUACUGCGGCAUCAUCCGCGCCGUCUGGGGCUGCGGCCACGGCCACGACUACGUGAUGGACACGGACUCGGACUGUAGCUCCCUGCUGGUCGACAACGCCUUGUCUGUCAAACGGGAGUGGAACAAGAGCACAGCCCAGUGCUUGACUGACAAUGGGGCAGACAGUGCCGAGGCUGUUCCUGCUCCCAAAGCAAGGACGAGUCCCUGCCAGCAGCCUGUAAACAAAGAGACUGCGUUGGUGCUGCUGGAUGUGGAGAAUGAGCUGCUGCAGAACAGGGAUUCAUCUCACUCACAACUGGACAGUGAGACGUCCUGCCAGGAGAAAGCCCCGACGCAGCCUGUGUCCCCCCUGAGUGCUGCCCCAGGACAGUUGAGUGAGAAGCAGGUUCUGUCUGCAACAUCGGAUGAGCGGGUAAAAGACGAGUUCAGUGACCUUUCUGAGGGGGACUUCUUGAGUGACGAUGAAAAUGAGAAGAGAAAUGUGCAAUCUUCAGAUGACUCCUUCGAGCCUUACCCUGAGAAGAAGGUUUCUAGCAAGAAAAGUGACAGCAAAGAAACAAAGAAGGCAGAAGAGCCUAAAAUAAGGAAGAAGCCGGGGCCUAAGCCAGGCUGGAAAAAAAAAAUCAAAUGUGAAAGGGAGGAGCUGCCAACCAUCUACAAGUGUCCUUACCAGGGCUGCACAGCUGUCUACAGAGGGGCAGAUGGCAUGAAGAAACACAUCAAAGAGCACCACGAAGAGGUUCGGGAGAGGCCCUGUCCUCACCCUGGCUGCAACAAGGUGUUCAUGAUCGACCGGUACCUACAGCGCCACGUCAAGCUGAUCCACACAGAGGUACGGAAUUACAUCUGUGAUGAGUGCGGGCAGACCUUCAAGCAACGCAAACACCUCUCAGUCCACCAGAUGCGGCACUCGGGAGCAAAGCCCCUCCAGUGUGAGAUCUGCGGGUUCCAGUGCCGCCAGCGCGCGUCCCUCAAGUACCACAUGACCAAACACAAAGCUGAGACAGAGCUGGAGUUUGCCUGUGACCAGUGUGGGAAGCGCUUCGAGAAGGCCCAUAACCUUAAUGUCCACAUGUCCAUGGUGCACCCUCUGACCCAGACUCAGGACAAAGCCAAGCCACUGGAGCCAGAGCCCAUUCUCCUCCUCAGCACUUCAGGGACUUCAGAAAGCCAGGUAGUAAAGCCAGAAGUGACUGUGCAGCCGGAGCCCACCUGAAGGGGCCAGGGCUACUUUCCCAGUCCAGCCCUGUAGAAACUGUACGGCAGAGGAGAUGGUUCAUCUUCGUAUUAGUCUCCCAAGGAACUCAGUGGAAUUAGCUUCAGCUUGCUCAGAAAAGGCUUGUUCUCAUGCUGUGAUUCUCCGUGCUCACGUCCAAUUCAGCAGUGUCGUACUAAGAGUCUGUCUAAUCCCUGGAGAGGGGAUGUGGGGCAGCAAGCCCCUUGUCCCCCUUCUCCCCACACACACAGUGUCUAAACAAGGUUGGCCACAACCCUUCUCUGCCUACUCGAGCUGCUGCCUGGACAGAAGUGCCC